CGUGUUGAAAGAAGAGGAUCCUGUUGUUAAGAAACUUUUUUUACUUUUUUCUCCUCUAUGUUCCUCCCUCUUGGCUUAAAUGAUAUCUGCAGUAACUAGCAAGUUGAAGAGCAUCCUAGGAGCCAAUUCUUAUGCGACAGAGAGUCGUAAAAGAACGUUGGAGAGCAGUAAUGAAGACCAAGAAUCCGGAGCCAGCAUGGAUGAGCCAGUUCGGAAGAAGAGCCGUUCUUACGAACAGGUUGAACGUUCUGUGAAGCGAUCAGAUACCUGGUAUAUAGGCAAUUUGCCAAGAAUUGUCUCAGGAAAAGCAGCAAGGGUCUACACCUGGAUCACUUCUUUUGCAACAUUUCCAGCCCCUGCAGUUGAAGAUAGCAUUGAUAAAAUGUUACCCGUGGUCAGGUACAAGCUGAAGGAAGACCGCAGGAUGGGCGGGGAGGACCUGCGCUCAACAAGGGACGCUGGGAGAAAGGAGCGCAACCCCGUGGCUUCCGGCCUUUUCGCAGAGCCCGGUUCUCUGCGGGAUGAGGAGGAGAUUCAGUACCUGGGGAUGACAUCUCGUCUCGCCAACACCAGCGCCCCCACCAAACGGCCAGCACUGGCACGCCGGGGGAUAGACGUGGAGACGCCAGGUGCCCCACCCACUUCCUCAGGCAUCGAUGCCAACUUCCGCUUCAGCCCGAGCAUCACAUCCACUGUGUCAAAGCAAGCCUCAGGGUCAUCCUCGCUGGCAGGCCGCAACAUCCGAGAACCGACAGACUGGUUCACCAAAAACAGCAGGCUUACCUCUAUUGAUCGUAAGUCAAUAUCUAUAACUAAGAACCCAGUUAAGAACCUGCAAGAGCGAUGCUUUGGGGCGAAAAAGAAGAAAACAUCAUUGAAUUCCUCCUUUUUCACACGCACCAAGACUGGCAUUCCUGACAGUUAUCGUUACGAAGACAAAAUGAGGUACCAGCAAUUACUGCAGCAGUUCACAGACAGCCCCAUCUUACCAGAAUCUUACUCUGUGUACAAGGGAUCCUCUAGUGCUUCUGUUGCAUCUGAUAGCCGAUGUGGCAGCCCCCAAGGGUUCAUCACUCGUUCCCGCUUGAAUUCUAAUUGGACGAAUGAGAAGCGGCAGCAGCUUGAGGAAUCGAGCUCCAGUUUUUCUGCCCUGUGUUCAGCCCGCAGGCCAAGGACACAAGAAAGGAGUGAAGACAAGUCACCCAUCAUCACUUUCAUUGAUCUGGUCAAGACAGAGAAUGAAAACAGUAAUCAGAGUACAAGAGAGUCGGAGAGUGACAGUGUGAUCAUCACAGGGGAAGUUAAGAAACCUCCACCCAAGAGCAAUGCCCUUGAAGAGCAUUUGCAAGCAUCACCAGUCUACAGCUUAGACUGGCUGAAGUCAUUCCGUGAAAAAUACGAGAUCAAAGGUAAGACACGAGAAGCAGAAGCAGAACAGGCAGUAAAGACAAAAGAAAUGUUUGAAGAAAAGAGAAAAGCUUUCCAAGCAUCCUUGGAUGAGCGUAUUGCCCGGAGGAUGAGAGAUCUCGAUCUGACCUUCCCAUCAAAGGUUGAAGAACUAGAACCUGAGGAGGAAGAGGAAGAAGAGGAAGAACUUGUUCCUCUGACUGCGGAAAUGGAGGAAGUUAUAGAUGAUGCACUAAGAGGAAGACCACCCGGAGAAGUGCUUGUUGAGAAGUUCAGCAUCCAGAUCACCCGAAAAGAUAUUGCUACUCUGUGUGGCCUCAACUGGUUGAAUGAUGAGGUCAUCAACUUCUACAUGAACCUGUUGGUGGAACGAGGGAAAAAUGAUAAUUACCCGUCUGUUUAUGCCUUCAAUACAUUCUUCUACCCAAAACUGGUGAAGACUGGUUAUUCAACUGUCAGAAGAUGGACCAAAAAGGUUGAUGUCUUCAGUAUGGAUCUCUUGCUUGUGCCAGUGCAUUUGGGGAUGCAUUGGUGCUUGGCCACAAUGGACUUAAGAUCAAAAUCCAUUCGCUACUACGACUCCAUGCUGGGAGACAAUGAGAGAUGUCUAGAGGCACUCAAAAGGUACCUGGAAUCAGAGCACGAGGACAAAAAGAAGGCAAAGUAUGACACUGGCGACUGGACACUGGAGAACAUGAAGGACAUACCACAGCAGAUGAACGGCUCAGACUGCGGGAUGUUUGCAUGCAAGUUUGCGGAGUACUUGUCACGAGAUGCAACCAUCACAUUUGACCAGCAGCACAUGCCCUACUUUAGGCGCAGAAUGAUCUACGAAAUAGUCAAAGCUUCUCUUCUGUAAAAAGAAAGAAGGGAUCUGUUUCUUUCUCUCUUAAUUCUUACUCAUUGCUUCCAUCAUUUCCUUUUUUUAAAUAUUUAUCUCUUGCCUUUUUGUUUUGUUUUUUGUUUUGUUUUUUUCACUUUCUCUUUUUCAAUUUCUUUUCUUAUAUAUUCUUUCUUUCUCUCUUUUUCUCCUUUCUUCCUUUAUUUUUUUCUCUCUCUCUCUCUCUGUCUCUCUGUCUCUCUGUCUCUAACACCAGAGUCCCCAUUAAACAUGUCCAAGUGAUUUUGUUGUUUCCACCCUGCAUGAAGGGGAUAUAACAACCCUUUGCUACCAUCGUUAUAUGCAGGGCGUGUAGCAGCCACCAGUGACAGGGUAGAUUUGAUCUCUUGCUCUUUCCCCUCCUCCUCUCUCUCUCUCUCUCUCUAAUAUGUCCAGUGUAUGUACUCUUAGAUAAGAGACGUUUUAUAUGUUAAUUCACCAAAUAUAAUGUCCUAUUUAUAAGCCCACAAGAGGCAAGUGUUAGAAGAUGGGGGAGAAUGAAAAGUCUUUUGUAGUUAAAGUAAAUUAAUGGGAAGGGAAAUUUUUCCUCUUUUUUUUUUCUUUUUCUUUUUUUUUUUUUUUUUUUUUUUUAGUAUUUUCACUUCUUAAUGGGAAGCGGAAAGAAGAAUAGCUAUGUGUAUAAAGGAAUAUAUAAAUGUAUUUUGAUUAACAAAAAUAGCAAGCUGUGCCUAGUUAGAAGUGAUUUUUGAUCAAAGGAUUGGAAAUCAUGCAUUUAAUCCCCUUCAUUUUUGUUUUUGUAUUAUACCCCUCCCCUCUGCUCUGGGGUCUCCACAUCAUCGCAGAAAACAUACCCCAGUUACCUUGACAGUCCUUAUACAUUUUGAUUGAGUAACGCAAUAAAAAAAAAAGAAGGAAAUGGAUGUGUAGCUGUUCAUCUGGGGUGAAAAUUUUAUUUUCUCUAAUUAAACUUUUUCCCUGCUAGAAGAUAAGUCGAGCAUUAUAUACAUAUGGCAAGCAGACUGUAUAUAGUAUUUACCUGUAAUCCAUAACCUUUCUAAAUAAAGAGGUAUUACAUAGUAAAUGGGCCUUGGUGCUGAACUGCUUGAAAAUUAGCAUAUACCUAUAUACUAUAUAUUAUAGUCUGCCAACACAUGUCAUAAAACUUUUCUAUUGAAUAAAAUUGUGUACUACCA